GGCGCUUAAUCCGCCUCUCCGCCCUUGACACGCGCGCCCAGGUGGCGCCAGGAGACGGAGCCGAGCGCGGCGCGCCGCGGAGAGAGCGCGAGAGAGGCUCCGCCGGUCCCCGGUCCCCGGUGGCAGCAUGAGCAGCAGCAGGGCACCGGGGGAGACGGUGGCGACGGCGGCCUCUUCCUCCUCUUGCUCUCCGCGUCCUCCUCGUCGCCCUGCUGCUCCGGAUGCCCCCGCAGCCCGCUCCUCCUGCGCCAGGCGGGGCGCCGCUGCGCGCAGCUGAUGGCGACGGCGGCGGGCCGGCUGUGAGCAGGGCGAUCGCGGGCAGGACUAGGCGGGCGGCAGCGGCAGCGGCGGCGGCGGCAGCGACCAUCCCUCGGCGGAGCCCUCGGAUGCGGGGAGACCCGUGCAGCCCGGAGCGAUGGGAGAGUGGACCAUUUUGGAAAGGCUGCUGGAGGCUGCGGUGCAACAGCAUUCCACCAUGAUAGGCAGGAUCCUGCUGACAGUGGUGGUGAUCUUCCGCAUCCUGAUUGUGGCCAUCGUGGGAGAGACGGUUUACGAGGACGAGCAGACCAUGUUCAUGUGCAAUACCCUGCAGCCCGGGUGCAACCAGGCCUGCUACGACAAGGCCUUCCCCAUCUCCCACAUCCGCUACUGGGUGUUCCAGAUCAUCCUGGUCUGCACGCCCAGCCUCUGCUUCAUCACCUACUCAGUCCACCAGUCGGCCAAGCAGAGGGACCGCCGCUACUCCUUCCUCUACCCGCUGCUGGAGAAGGACGGCCGGAAGGUGAAGAACGUCAACGGCAUCCUGGUGCAGAACCCAGACGGCUCCUCCAAGGAGGAACCCGACUGCCUGGAGGUGAAGGAGAUCCCCAGCGCCCCCAUGCGGCCCCCCAAGAGCUCCAAGGUCAAGCGACAGGAGGGCAUCUCCCGCUUCUACAUCAUCCAGGUGGUUUUCCGCAAUGCCUUGGAGAUUGGCUUCCUGGCGGGACAGUACUUCUUGUACGGCUUCAACGUGCCGGCCAUUUUCGAGUGCGACCGCUACCCGUGCGUCAAGGAGGUGGAGUGCUACGUGUCGCGGCCCACGGAGAAGACCGUCUUCCUCGUCUUCAUGUUCGCCGUGAGCGGGAUCUGCGUCCUCCUCAACCUGGCCGAGCUCAACCACCUCGGCUGGCGCAAGAUCAAGACCGCCAUCCGAGGGGUGCAGGCCAGGCGGAAAUCCAUCUGCGAGGUGCGGAAGAAGGACCUCUCCUCGCUGGCCCAAGUGCCUACGCUCGGACGGACGCAGUCGAGCGAGUCCGCCUACGUCUGAGCGCUCCCGAUCCGGUUCGGUUGGGGCGGGGAUCGGGGCCUCGGCGGGCCUGACGUCGCCAACGCAGCAAGGAGAAAACGCCACCUGCUGGCCUGACCACAAUACCUCCCAGGUUAACCAUGCAAUAUUCAGUGGGUGCUUUCAAAAACAAAACACCCUCCUCGCUUUCAGAGGACGGGGCCUCACGUUCGCUUUAAGGGCUGAUUGGGGAAACCCAGCCCCUCAGGAGCCAUGGGGGGGGGGGGGAGGGAAACGGAGGAAGAGGCUUGGUGCCCCUUCCUCCUAUGCGCCAGCUCCCGUCGAAUAUUUUCUCUUCUCUACACUUAACUAAUGGUGCAAGCAAAAUGGUGCGGUUUGCGGAAACUUGUGCCUACGACUCCUUUUUACGGACAGGUGAUGAAAACGCAUGAAUCGGCGGUGGGUGGGGGAGGCUUUGGGCGGGGGGGAACGUUGCUUGCGUGCGUGUAUUUUUUAAAGGAAGCAGCAACAGAAAGACAGAGAGGGGGCUUUUCUCUCAUGCACGACCGGAUCUCUCUCUCUCUCAUCUGCCGUGAUGUAAAUAGUGAACGAGCAAAUGUGAUUUUAUAUAAAAAAGAUAAGGUAUGCAAUAAAAAGAACCCCAUUUUCUUCA